UCGCCGCGAUCGCACAACCACAGUCGUCAUUCCGUUCCGUCGAGUCCCGUGUGUGGUUGUCCGUGGCCGCGUUCCGUGCCAGCUUCAAAAGUGUAGAGUGCUCUCAUCGCUUUCGGUCGUGACAUUUUUCAAUUCCUUCGUGGCCGUUUUUCGCUGCGUUCGUCGUGCGCGUUCAGAAAAUCCGACGGGUAAUCCGUUCCGGCCACGAAGCAAUGUUCCCGUCCGGUGGAUAGUGUGGCCACUCCGAGGGCCUUCGCAAGGCAAGGCGCAGCACACCCCCCUCUCUCUCUCUGUCUACUGUCGAAAGUGCAGAAAGAAUCCGAAAAUGUUAAUUGAUCCCGACUAGAACCACUACACAAACGGAACCGACGACGACGACGACGGCCGUCCCACGGUGGGUGUGUAUUGGUGUCGUCUGGGUGGCCAGUGUGUGUGCGGCUCUCAUCCUCGUCGUGGACACUGUGCAGUGUGACUUGGACAAAGGUGUGUGUUGCCAUUCGUCGACGAGAUUGCACCAUUCCGACUGCCAACACUGCCCGGGUCCGCAAAACAGUGCACUUUUUUUUGUUGAGUUUGCUUCAUCUUCGGAGUAGUACCUAGUUUGGCCUAUUCCGAUUGUUUCAAGAAGAGAUGAUUUGGAAGUAGACAUCGCCGAAGACGAAGCUGAAACAUAGCAUAGAGAGAGAGAAGUAACGAAAAGUGUGUGCGUUUGCGUUUUGUGUGUAUCGAAGAAUUGUAUACAGUAGUAGCAGCAGCAGAAGAAGGCACAACAGCCUCUUUUGCCAUUCAUGAGAAGGAAAGAAAGAAAUCACAGUCUCAAGCUGCUAAAGGUGCCCUGGUCGUGGUCGUCGACGACGACGGAGUCUGAAAGAGGGAAGAAGUAACAAAAUAUCACACACCAACCCAGUUGUUGCCUGUGUUUUUCGAAAAAGUGAAAAAAGUAGUUUAGUAAUAAUCGAAAUUUGACGCAAAAAACGCAACCACAAAGUGAAAUCAUCGAGAGUUGCAUUCGUAUAUUAAUUUUGUGUUUUCUGUUGCACACGAAAAAGCGGAAAAAAGAGAGGAGGCCAAAGUGCUGUUAUUAGAAAAAUAGUAUAUUCAAAUGUGCGAAAAGUGAAGAAAGAAGCAAAAGGCAAAAAAAAAUACGCGAAAAAAUAAAAAUAUACACACAGUCGUGGUCGUCGUCGCCUACUUGGUCGAUACACUCACAAACAUGUGCGGCGCCGCGAUUGUGUGCGUCCAAGUCGUUUAUUGUAAUUCACCACGACCGCGACCGCGACGGCAUAAAGUAUAAUCUGGUCUACUGGUCCGCCGCUGCUUCUUCUUCAAGUUGUGCUGUGCUGUGCGAACACGGUCUCGGUCUCCAAAGCCGAAGGAAGAAGGCUCGAAAAAGUGAAGUGGAAUCGAAGAAAGAUCGACCACGAGAAAAGUCAGAAGUAGUACCCACACAGUAGAGGCUGCUGCUGUUGUGUUGUGUUGUGUUGUGCGCGAUAGCGGUAAAUAAAUGCAAAGUGUGAUUGAGAGCAGCAGUGCCAGGCUGAGGCAGAUUUAGAGCUGCUGGAGGGAGAUCGGGGAAUAGCAGAAAUUGUCACUGCCACUGCGAAUAGUAGUAUCAGCAAGCAGCAGCAGAAGCAACAACAACAACAGGAGCAAAAUGAAUAAGCUGGAGUACACGCGACGGAAUGGUACCCAGAAGAUACGGAUUACGAUUUUAUGCGCCCGUAAUCUUGCCCGGAAGGACCUUUUCCGUCUCCCGGAUCCGUUUGCGAAAAUCCGCGUCGAUGGCACCGCCCAGGAGUACAAAACGGACAUCUGCAAGGCGUCCCUCGAGCCCAAGUGGAACACCCACUACGAUCUGUACCUGGGCAAGAACGACAGCGUCACGAUAUCGAUCUGGAACCAGCGCAAGGUCCAGAAACGGCAGGGUUCCGGCUUCCUCGGCUGCGUGCGCAUCCCCGCCAACACGAUCCAGUCGCUCAAGGAUACCGGCUACCAAAGGCUCGACCUGCGCAAAGCUUCCCACGACGACCCGGACCCGGUCAAGGGCCAAAUCAUCGUGUCGUUCAUGUCGCGCGAUGGCACCACCGGUGGCACUCCGCUGGCCAUCGUUGGCCCCGCCGGGGAUGUCCGCGGGCCGGACAACGACAACGACAACGAGAUCCUGAAGGACGAACUCCCAGCUGGUUGGGAGGAACGCCACACGCAGGCGGGCCGGGUGUACUACGUGAACCACGUGACCAAAACGACCCAGUGGAACGCCCCGACGGAACCGGCCAGUGCUGCGGCGGUGGCUGCGAUGACCAACGGCGAAUCGGUUCCGCCGGGGCCGUCCAAAUCGGCGACAAACAACAGCAUCAAUAGUAUUCAGUCUAAUGACUCGGGAAGUCGGAGGCACUCGACGGAGAUAAUGCUCAACAAUAGCUCAAACAACAAGGAGAACUGUAACAAUGUGGUGAACAAGGACAGGACGAAAGAUUUGGAGAAUGGGGUUGGGGGGUUAGUGAACGGUGGGCCGGGAAGUGGCCCCGGCGGGGGUGGUGGUGGUGGAUCUAGUCGACAUGAGGCAAAAAGUCCGGUCAGAAUUCGGGACGAAAGCAUGCUAAUUACGCCAAGCUCGAGCACAAGUCCGUUGAGCGAAAACAACAGUCCGGUGACGCCAAAGGUCCCAGGAGAAAUCGCCACUCCGCGGAACUCUGGCGCCCUCGCCGGACUGCCAAACACCCUGGGGUCGCUGUCCAUCGAUCCGUCCGCAGUGCGAACUCCGACCAGCAAUGGCAAUAUUCCAAACGCGCACUGCACCCCAACCCAACCUAGCAAUAGCAGCACAAACGUCGUACCCGCAGGCGGACCAAACUUCCCAGUGCUAAACAGUCCCAGUUCCGGCGCGGCAACGGCAACGCCGACACCAUCCCUCAACGGGGUGGUCCUUCUCAACGGAACGGCCAACUCUGCCAACGCCACGCCCCAGCCGCAAGUGCCUUCUUCGUAUCUACCGAACGGUGAAUCCCCAGCCGGAAGGUCCCAGCCACAGCCCCAGCAGCCAACGCCAACGGCCGGAGGAGCAACGCCGACUGGCAGUGGAGAUCCGGCGAGCAGUAGUCGCGAGUCUUCGGCCCAACGAAUGAGGCGGUCUUCGCGUGGCGUUGAAGAGCCCUCCUCGAGGCGGAGAUCUUCGCGGACGGCACGGCCACCGCUGGUGAUGCCGCCACAGAGCAGAGGUAGUGUGCCGGCGGUGCGGCCGGCCGCGGAUUUGCCGCCCGGUUAUGAAAUGCGAAUAACCCAACAGGGCCAGGUCUACUUCUACCACAUACCAACCAAGAUGUCCACCUGGCACGAUCCGCGGAUACCGCGCGACUUCGACACCCAGAACAUCGCCCCGGACACGCUCGGUCCGCUUCCCCACGGCUGGGAGCAGCGCAAAACCGCAUCCGGCCGGGUGUACUUUGUGGACCACAACAACCGCACGACCCAGUUCACCGAUCCCCGGCUCAACGGCCACAUUCUGCACGCGAUCCGGAAGGUUCCACCGGGAACGCCCCAGCAGGCGUCGCCUGCAGCGGUGUCCACCCCCGGUCCCAGUCCCGCGGCCGCUGGUCCAAGUGGCUGUUCGGCAUCGGCGGCCGCCCUCAUGGCAGCGCUCUCCGGUGCCGGUCCGCAGGUCUCGAACGGAACUCCCAGUGGUGGCGGUGGUGGUUACCGGCUAGGGUCGGCUGAACCAGCCGGAGCUGCCACCGGAAGUAACGGAUUGCCAAUGGACUCGACGCCUCACCGAACGCCCCCCAGUAACAUUCCCGAUCUGCCGCAAGGUCUGCUGGACGGUGCCGAGCUGCUGCCCAAGUACCGGCGGGACCUGGUCGGGAAGAUCCGGUCGCUGCGCGCCGAGCUGCAAACGCUUCAGCCCCAGUCCGGUCACUGCCGGCUGGAGGUGUCUCGACAUGAAAUCUUUGAGGAGAGCUACAGACUGAUCAUGAAAAUGCGACAACGAGACAUGCGCAAGCGGUUGAUGGUGAAGUUCAAGGGCGAGGAAGGUCUGGACUACGGUGGAGUGGCGCGCGAGUGGCUCCAUCUGCUGUCCCGGGAGAUGCUGAACCCGCAGUACGGACUGUUCCAGUACAGCGGGGACGAUCGGUACUCGCUGCAGAUCAACCCGGACUCUGGCGUCAACCCGGACCACCUGUCGUACUUCCACUUUGUCGGCCGGAUCCUGGGCAUCGCGGUGUUCCACAACCACGUGCUGGACGGAGGCUUCACGCUGCCCUUCUACAAGCAGCUGCUCAACAAACCGAUCACGCUCAGCGACAUCGAGGACGUCGACCCAGAGCUGCACCGCAGCCUGACGUGGAUGCUGGAGAACAACAUCAACGGCGUGCUGGACUCGACCUUCAGCGUGGAGAACAACAGCUUCGGGGCGCUCAAGGUGCACGAGCUGAAGCCGAACGGGGCGCAGCUGGUCGUGACGGAGGAGAACAAGCGCGAGUACGUGAAGCUGUACGUGAACUACCGAUUCAUGCGGGGGAUCGAGCAGCAGUUUUUGGCGCUGUCGAAGGGCUUUGGCGAGCUGAUACCGAGUCACCUGUUGAGGCCGUUCGACGAGCGGGAGCUGGAGCUGGUCGUGGGAGGCAUCAGCAAGAUUGACGUGAUCGACUGGAAGACGCACACGCGGCUGAAGCAGUGCACCCCGGAGACGCCGCAGAUCGUCUGGUUCUGGCAGAUCGUCGAAUCGUACUCCCCGGAGAUGCGCGCCCAGCUGCUCCAGUUCGUGACAGGCUCGUGCCGCGUACCCCUGCAAGGCUUCCGCGCCCUCCAGGGCUCGACCGGUGCCGUCGGGCCGCGGCUCUUCACCAUCCACCUGACGGCGGACGCCCCCAUCCAGAACCUGCCGAAGGCGCACACCUGCUUCAACCGGAUCGACCUGCCCAUGUACGACACGUACCAGCUGAUGUACGACAAACUGACGCAGGCCGUCGAAGAAACGUGCGGCUUUGCCGUGGAAUAAAGCGGUUGGGGCAACUAAAUUGGCUGUUUUUUUUUUGUUUUUUAAAGCGAGAGCGAGAUUUUCACUCUUUCACUGCGGUUUUAAGAGCGAUUAAUGGCGAGAGCUCUCCCCGAAAGUGGCAACGAAAAAGAAAUUAGAAUUUAUAGUCGUCGUCCUCGGAACAGGUCUUUAGCUAGAUCUUGUCGUGAAACAAUCGAGAAGCGAAUAAUCAAAAACCCCCUGAUAAAAUUAACUACGCAAGUGUUCUAGAAGGUCGUACAAUGUCUUUUUCACUCUUAACAAGCAAAAAAUGGCUACAAAAUCGAAAAUCAAAACAUGAAAAAAAACCUUGUUAGUAGUGAAUCAAAUCUAUCAAACUCUAACUCAAAUUAAUCAAAUUUAUAGAAGUGACGCGCGACGUCGCAAUUGAAUAGCUCAAGAAUUUUAUCCAAUGUUUGUAGCGAGAUCACACCGGGUUUUUUUUGUACCAUCGAUAGGGUGUGACAAAAAAGGGAGCGAACCAAACGUUAACACUUUUCAUCAACCAUUUUUGCUAGGAUCGUUUUUUAAAGAAAGAAGAAAGUUGAUUUUUUUUUGCAUGCAAGAAAGUUUGGAAGUCUCUUUUAGUAUUGUCGAAAAUUAAAGAAAAAAAAACGAAAACCCGUUUUUAUCCAAGUGAGUGAUAUUUAGAAAUUUUCAAAUUUGUACCGGAAAAUCGAAAAUAUUACACAAAAAAAAAAACAAAUAUUGAGAUUAUUAUCUUGUAGUAGUCAAAAGAAAGCGAAGCAGAUUGGGAAGAAAGAAAGUUGUAAAAAGCAAAAUUGUUCAACGGAUUAGGGAUUUUAAACGGUCGCAUCAAACACAAGCAUAUUUAUUGUAGGUAAAAGUUUCACCAAUUUCAAACCAAUGUGUAUUUUGAGCAACCACCCCCUUUCCUCCUACCGUGGCCGUGUAAAUUUAUCAACUAAUUAACGGGUUAGUGGGUCUAAUACUACUUUUGCAAAACGAUAUUCUUGUUUAAGUUGUUUUUAGAAGCAUGUCAGUAAAGAAAGAGGACAGAAUCGCAAAGCCAAUUAAUCGUCCCUUCUGUUAUUAAAGCGAAA